AAUUUUUCCAAAAUACAAAUAAAAAACACAAAACUUUUUGCGUCUUUCCACGUGCAACAAUUUUUUUAAAAAGUUUUCUUCUGUUAUUAAAUAAUCAAAAAACCUUAGAAUGGUUCAAAAAAAGAAAUUAGGAAUUGGUUUAAGCCGUGAAGAGCGCACCGUCAUCGUUAUUGGUGAAAUCAUUCAAGAACUCCUGCAAGCCCAUGCAGAUAAAAAAGAUGUCAAUCUAAAUCGCAUGAAAUCUCGUCUGUCUUCCAAAUAUGGUUUGGAAAGUUCCCCUCGUUUAGUUGAUAUUAUUGCUGCUGUACCACAAGACGCUAAAAAGAUUCUUCUACCCAAAUUGAGAGCAAAACCUAUUCGAACAGCUAGUGGAAUCGCUGUUGUAGCUGUCAUGUGCAAACCACAUCGUUGUCCUCACAUCAAUAUGACCGGCAACAUUUGCGUCUAUUGUCCCGGUGGACCAGACAGUGACUUUGAGUAUUCAACUCAAAGUUACACUGGCUAUGAGCCCACAUCCAUGAGAGCUAUUCGAGCACGCUAUGACCCAUUUCUCCAAACUCGUCAUCGCGUUGAACAACUCAAACAACUUGGACACUCUGUUGACAAAGUCGAAUUCAUUGUAAUGGGCGGGACAUUUAUGUGCCUGCCUGAAGAGUAUCGUGAUUAUUUCAUUCGAAAUCUUCAUGACGCUCUUUCGGGUCAUGCUAGUGCCAGUGUGGCAGAAGCUGUAAAGUACUCGGAGAAAUCCCGGACCAAAUGUAUUGGAAUAACAAUUGAAACUCGUCCUGAUUACUGUUUGAAGAGACAUCUCUCAGACAUGUUGUCGUAUGGAUGCACUCGUCUGGAAAUUGGUGUCCAAUCGGUUUAUGAAGAUGUCGCCAGGGAUACCAAUCGUGGACAUACAGUUAGAGCUGUUUGUGAGAGCUUCCAGCUGGGAAAGGAUUCGGGAUAUAAAAUUGUAGCUCAUAUGAUGCCUGAUUUGCCUAAUGUCGAUUUUGAGAGGGAUAUUGAACAGUUUAUUGAAUUCUUUGAGAAUCCAGCAUUCCGUGCUGAUGGAUUGAAGAUCUAUCCAACUCUGGUUAUUCGAGGAACUGGUCUGUAUGAACUCUGGAAAACUGGUCGCUACAAGAGUUACCCUCCUUCAAUGCUGGUUGAUUUGGUUGCCAAAAUUCUGGCUUUGGUUCCACCAUGGACAAGAGUCUACAGAGUACAGCGUGAUAUUCCAAUGCCUUUGGUCAGUUCCGGCGUUGAACAUGGAAACCUUCGUGAAUUGGCCUUAGCCCGCAUGAAAGAUCUCGGUACCGAUUGCCGUGAUGUACGAACUCGUGAAGUUGGUAUCCAAGAGAUCCAUAAUAAAGUUCGUCCCUAUGAAGUUGAAUUGAUUCGCAGGGACUACGUUGCAAAUGGAGGAUGGGAGACAUUCUUGUCGUAUGAAGAUCCUGAACAGGAUAUUCUCGUGGGUCUGUUGCGUUUGCGUAAAUGUUCUGGGGAAUCUUUUAGACCAGAACUCAAAGAGAAGUCAUCCAUUGUAAGGGAACUUCAUGUUUAUGGUUCUGUUGUGCCGGUUAAUGCAAGGGAUCCAACUAAAUUCCAACAUCAAGGAUUUGGUAUGCUUCUAAUGGAAGAAGCUGAAAGAAUCGCUUUGGAGGAACAUGGUAGCACAAAACUCGCUGUCAUUUCAGGUGUUGGCACAAGGAAUUACUAUCGUAAGCUGGGCUACGAACUUGAUGGACCUUAUAUGUCUAAGAAAUUAGUUGCAGAUUAAAUAUUACAAAAAAAAACACACACAAAAAUUCGUGUAAAUCAUAUCUAAUCUUAUUACAAAGAGGAUAAAUAAAAUAACAACAAAAAUACUAAAUUGAAAACAAAA